ACAUAUUUUAAAGAAUUUUGAUUCUUAUUAUUUUGUUCAAAAUAUAUAAGAGAAGAGAAGUCUCGGUAACAAUAAGACAAUUAGGGGGAGGUCUUUCAAGUCUAUUCUUCCUCUGAAGCUGGCAUAAUCGAGUGCAACAACUAGCAAAAUGAAGAUGGCGGAUGGACCCACGAUCCUUAGAAGAAAUAGACCCGGAACGAAAGCAAAGGAUUUCUGUAGAUGGCCAGAUGAACCCUUCGAAGAAAUGGAUAGCACAUUGGCUGUGCAACAAUAUAUUCAACAAAUGAUCAGAAAGGAUCCAUCCAAUGUUGAUUUGAUAUUGAAAAUGCCAGAUGCACAAGAUGAAGCAGUGUGGAAAUAUGAGCAUUUGAGGCAAUUUUGUAUGGAACUCAAUGGCUUGACAGUAAGAUUGCAAGAAGAAUGUUAUCCAGCAUCUUGUAGUCAAAUGACAGCUACAGAACAAUGGAUAUUUUUGUGUGCUGCUCACAAAACUCCUAAGGAAUGUCCAGCCAUUGACUAUACAAGACAUACUCUUGAUGGUGCAGCUUGUUUGCUUAAUAGCAACAAAUACUUUCCCAGCAGGGUUAGUAUCAAAGAAUCUUCGGUAGCCAAACUUGGAUCAGUUAGUCGCAGGGUUUAUAGAAUUUUUUCUCAUGCAUAUUAUCAUCACAGAGCAAUAUUUGAUGAAUUUGAGAAUAAAACCUUUCUGUGCCGCAGGUUUACAGCAUUUGUGACAAAGUACAGUUUGAUGUCAAAAGAGAGUUUAAUAGUUCCAAUAAUGGAAGAAGAUGGAACAACAGAAAGCGAAGCCUAGAAUUUAAAUGUUUAUUUAUAUUGUCCCAAGUCGAUUUGUCAGAUUUAACAAGGUCACUGGUAAUACUGAUAUAUCAUUGAAAUACUUGUUGUAGUCCCAAAUGUGACAAGAACAUUGAAAAGGUUCAGUACCUAAUUUCACUGAAAUGUUCUUGAUUAAGAAUAAAAUUUGUUUAAUGGGAAUUCA